AUGGCCUCCCACCGCCCCGCUGCCUCCCAGCGACUCAACUACUACGGUCAGAGUCCGGUACGCGGCCAGCUGGAGAAUCCAGAUGGGACAACCAGGUCCGGAUGGAGAUUCAUCCAAUGCACCGACACUCCCAAUGAACUGCGAGUCCUGCUCCCCCCGCGCACCGCCGCGAUCUACAGCCAUCUCCUCAAGGCUGAAUCCUUCGAGCUCGCCAAGGACAAGACCGCCGACUGGGAGCGCAUCAUGGAGAUUCGCCAUCUCAAGGACCGCAUGAUCCGCAAGUGCUCACGCCUCAGUCGCGACGCGCAGCCCAAGGACAAGCCUGUUGCACGGGUCAUGUUCCAAACCUUGCACGCACCCCCAGACUUCCGCCUCAAGGAGAUGGAGCGCUGGUUCAAGCUCCAGGGCGGAGACGCCGCGUCCGUGACGGUCCCCACCGCAGAGCGAGCACCCCCUCCCCCCGCACCCGCGGUGCAGUACUGCCGCGACUGUCCCGAGUGCAUGGCGCACCAGGCGCGCGCGCAAGCAUACUCCCGUCAGGCCUCGGUACGUCGCAUGCCCUCUCCGGGAAAGCCCUCGCCUGGACGGUCUCCGGAGCGAGGCAUGAGGCGAUCGGCACCCUCUUCCAGUGCCCACCCUCCUUCUCACCCCAAGCAAACACCGCCUGCCCGGCAAGAAGCCCGCUCGCGAGGCGGACAUGUGCGGCACGCGUCCGUCCCCGUCCCCGCGGUCAAUGGGCACCCUCCACGUCCAGCCGAAGGACGCAAGUCUGCUGAGUACCUCCGCGUGGACCGCGCUGAGCGUGCACAGGCGCGUUCCCCCGACCCCGUCCCCAUUCCCUAUCGUACUCGCCCCACGUCUCCGUCUCCGGAGCGCGAGGUUUCGACGCCUUCGACGAGCUCUCCUGACCAUCAAGUGCUGGAUCUCCCGGCGACUACCCGUUCACCCAACGCGUCUCCAUCCCCGGAUGACACUCCAUCCUACACCCCUCCGAAGGGGUCAUCUCCAAACGGCCUUCCGACGAUCCACGAAGACCUGGAGCAUGAGCCUCAUCGUCCUGUCGUUCGGCGUAGAAGCAGCUUGAAAAAACGCGACAGCAUGAGCAAGCUGAGCGUUGCAAGCCAGUCUAAGUCUGUGGCAUGGGCGAUGGACAAGGACUGGGAGGAUCAGUUAACGGAGUAUUUCAAGGUCACAAACGAUGCCGAGGUUCUCGCCAUCCAACUGGACCAGCUCCGUGUAACGUACCGCAACGAAAUGGAAACCAUGCAAAUGUUGAGGCAGAAGAUUGAGCAGUCGCAUGACAUCAUCAUCCGAGAAACCGAGCUCCUGCACCAAAAUCAGACGGCCAUGAGGGAACAGGAGGACCGCAUCGUUAUGGCUCACAACACGCUGGAGGACAAACACGACGAACUUCAGCAGAAGGUGAUUGCCGUGUUGGAAGAAGUCAAGCGCGUGGUCCUGCUUUGCGACAAGAAACGCGACAUGCACGGACAGACAUGA